CUGGGGAGGCGAUGGCGCCGGCCGCGUCCAGGCUGCGGGCCGAAGCCGGGCUCGGGGCGCUGCCGCGGCGGGCGCUCGCCCAGUACUUGCUCUUCCUGCGGCUCUACCCGGUGCUCACCAAGGCGACCACCAGUGGCAUUUUGUCAGCACUUGGGAACUUCCUGGCCCAGAUGAUUGAGAAGAAGCGGAAACAAGAAAACUCUAGAAGUCUAGACGUCAGUGGGCCUCUGAGAUACGCCGUUUAUGGGUUCUUCUUCACAGGGCCGCUGAGUCACUUCUUCUACUUCUUCAUGGAACAUUGGAUCCCUCCUGAGGUCCCCCUGGCAGGGCUCAGGAGGCUCCUCCUGGACCGCCUCGUCUUUGCACCGGCCUUCCUCAUGUUGUUCUUCCUCAUCAUGAACUUUCUGGAGGGGAAAGACGCCUCAGCCUUCGCCGCCAAGAUGAGGGGGGGCUUCUGGCCAGCGCUGAGGAUGAACUGGAGGGUGUGGACGCCACUACAGUUCAUCAACAUCAACUACGUCCCUCUGAAGUUCCGGGUGCUCUUCGCCAACCUGGCAGCUCUGUUCUGGUAUGCCUACCUGGCCUCCUUGGGGAAGUGACGACCGCUGGGAGAACAUCAGGUGCACUGUGGAUGUGGGUCUGGGGGUCUCACCCGCCCAGCGAGAGCAGAACCAAUCCAGUCAGGACGUCACUGACUCUAAAUCAGGUGAUUCAAGAUGCCCGAAAAUGAUGGAUAGAGAAACAGAAAUCUCUGAAUGUCAGAACCUUGUGUUUUAAAAAGGCAGUCGCUGCCUUCAGGUGGUGCUGCCCCAGAAACUUAAAACUUAGUCGAGGCAGUUUCAAUUGUUACUGUGGACUGAAUUAGGAUCACAAUAAACGAUAAUGCAGGUUCUUCAA